GCCGAAUUCACUUCCCAGGGGUGGUCGAGCCGAGAGGGAGAGAUGGCAUCCCCUGCCGUAGCUCUUCUUUCCCCCUGUCGUUUCAGCUUCCUCCCCACGCCUCGCCGUAUCGGAUUCGCCGUCGCCACCGGGAGUCGACUCCGUCGUUUCUCCAUGAGUCAGGCGCCGUCGGAUUCCGCCGCCGCCUCCGCCGCCGCCGAGGAUGUGAUGGUGCAGUACGUGGUGCUCAGGAGGGACCUCAUCGACGCGUGGCCGCUGGGGAGCGUGGUGACCCAGGGCUGCCAUGCCUCCGUCGCCGCCAUCUGGUCUCACCGGGACGACCCCAUCACUCUGCAGUACUGCAGCCCCGAUAAUCUUGAUUACAUGCACAAGGUAACUCUUGAGGUGAAGGGAGAACCCCAGAUCUUGAAUUUGGCAGAGAAGCUCAAAGCUGGCGACAUUGCGCAUAAGCUUUGGAUAGAACAACCUGAGAACAUCCCUACCUGCCUUGCCACAAAGCCUUACCCCAAAUCUGUUAUAUCUUCGUACUUUAAGAAGUUGAAGCUUUGCAAGUGAGUGGGAGUUGCAUUUUCUCAAAGCCUGACAGAUUCUUUCUUGUUCCCCUUAUUAAGCAAAUUUUUGGGGGACAUAAAGGCACUGCUGUAGAGGAUCGCUGGGAAUCUUGUUACUUGUCCCCCUUAAGAUUAGCGUUUGAACUUUAGCCGGGAUAUGUAGGCAUUGAUCUGAUAACUACGUGCCAAAGAUUUGUAACUUGUAACGUCUCGUCGGCGUCAUGGUGGGAUGUUUAUAUCCCUUCCCUUGUAUCAUGCAAUUUAUUACCAGAGAAACUGUCAUAUUCGUUCGCUCUGUCGCUCUGUCUAUUUGUGCUGCUACAAGCUGGCUACUUCUACCUUGGAGAUCUAUAGUCUUCAUGGUUUUAGGUUGUUUAAUGCCCAAGAGAUCUGGAGCACCUGCCGCAGGUGUGCCUCCUCAUCUUCUUGGUUCUAGACCAA